CCUUCUCAGAGCUGGUGCCGAAUGGUUACCUGGCUCAGACCUUCCCAGAUGGCCCUGAAGUAGAAGGCCUAACCAAAGAAAUGGGGCUGGACGAGCAGCCGGAGUCUGGCCAGUGUAAUGAGGGUGAGUUGGAUCCCAGGGAAGAGAGUGGCGGGAGCAAGAAGAAAACUAAAGUCAACAGAAUAUGGAAUUUUGUAAGCCGCAGAAAAGUGGCCACCAGCCAGGCGAAACGACCUCAGUCCAUGAUUGUAUUGGGAGACCGGUCCAAGACAUCAGAAGUGAAAUCCAAAAUCACAUUCAUGGAUCGCAUGAAAUCAAUUAGGAGACGGAAGCCUUCAGCUGCAUCCUCUAAGAAUCUGCCCUCUAGGAGCAGCAAGACUCAGGAUCCACAGGAAGCCUCAGAUAUCUGCCACAUCAGAAAAGCUGAGGAGGCCCCAAAGCCCUUUCGCCAUUCCUAUGCAGGUCACAUCGAGGGGCUGGAACCUUUCCUCACAGGUGUACAAGGACUAGCACCAGCCCCCAAGAGGGCGAGCCAGAAUUUAGCAGCCUUUGAUGACUGUGGCAUCCAAGUGGAUGAAAGAUCUGGGGAGGAUGAGGCCCCUGGGCAGCUAAAUGGCAGCAAACAAGCCAGAAGCUGUCCAAAAAUUACUUUGCCUAGGAGUCAUGAGGCUCCACACAUACAGGUCGAAGAAGCCAGAGUCAGUGAGCUUGAGACUAACAUUAGGAGAUCUAUAUCGGAAGGGGAAGUGGAGGGCAGGUUUGAGGAGAGCCGUGGAAGCCAGCACCGAGACAGGGCUGCACCUUUUGAUGUUGUCAUCAAGUUCUUCAGCAAUGUGGCUGAGGUAGCCCGCAAGUGGCGGGCAUUUUCCCGUGAAGAGUCACAGUUGGGCCACCACCGCCGUGAGUCCUACUUCAGUGGCUGCAAUGAUGGCUUCAUCCUGGAGGGUCCUGCUUCCGGGGCUGCCUUCCCACUCAAUCUGCCUUGCCCUGCUACUGUUGAAGCCACCUUCUGGAGCAGUGCCUCUGAGAGGCACCGUCGCCACCGGAAGGCCUCACAGGCCUCAUGCACUUUUGAGAUGAGCAUCGAGCGAGAGGAGAUACCAGUCCAGGGCCUGUUGGAUCCUUGUACUGCUGCCAACUCUGUGACAACGUCAGCUGUCUUUGAGUUUCAGAAGGACCCAUCACAGCGGAAUAGCCAAGGCCACAGUUAUUGCCGUGCCUUUGCUAGGGAGAACUCCUCUUCAGAGGAGCUUGAGGGAGAUACUGAGACUGUGGUCAGCUUCCUCAAGGAAGACGACAGUGCCAGUGAAUCCCCUGAACCGGGCAUGUGUGCCAAGAAAGUCACCACAGAGGCUAUCACAGGGAAGCUGAAAGACGAACCCAGUGACAUGAAGGAGCAGGCUGAUGGCAGGCCACCCCAGACAUCCAGCCAGGCCAGCCAGCCCCGGAAACCUAAGCUGAAAAUAGGUGCAGGGGAUACAGAGGGUAAAUCCGUCAAGGCCUGCACUGGAGUCUGCAAUGCUCAGGCCUUCGUUCCUCCAGCUGAACCACCACCUAGCGCUCCACCACUCAAAAUUCUCCUGGAAAAAUGCUACUCUCUGCCCAUCUCACAGAGUAUCCCCAUGGAGUUAGAUCAAGUAGGAUGGAGGAGACCCAUGAUAUUUUGCACUGGUAAAUUGAGCCAGGGCUCCAACACACUAGAAACCUGCAAGAAUAUUGGUGGAUUUUGGAAGCUUCGGGAACCAGGAAAUAAGCCAGUUGAUGAACUGAUCACUGGAGAUUCCAUCGUUAGUGCUGAGGCAGUAUGGGAUCACGUCACCAUGGCCAACCGGGAGUUGGCUUUUAAGGCUGGCGACGUCAUCAAAGUCUUGGAUGCUUCCAACAAGGAUUGGUGGUGGGGCCAGAUCGACGAUGAGGAGGGAUGGUUUCCUGCCAGCUUUGUGAGGCUGUGGGUGAACCAAGAGGAUGGGGUGGAGGAAGGACCCAGUGACGUGCAGAAUGGGCACCUGGACCCUAACUCAGACUGCCUGUGUCUUGGCCGGCCACUACAGAACCGUGACCAGAUGCGGGCCAAUGUCAUCAAUGAAAUCAUGAGCACUGAGCGUCACUACAUCAAGCACCUCAAGGACAUUUGUGAGGGCUACUUGAAGCAGUGCCGAAAGAGAAGGGACAUGUUCAGCGAUGAGCAACUAAAGAUAAUCUUUGGGAACAUUGAGGACAUCUACAGAUUUCAGAUGGGCUUUGUGAGAGACUUGGAGAAACAGUACAACAAUGAUGACCCCCACCUCAGCGAGAUAGGACCCUGCUUCCUGGAGCACCAAGAUGGAUUCUGGAUAUAUUCUGAGUAUUGUAACAACCACCUGGAUGCCUGCAUGGAGCUCUCCAAGCUGAUGAAGGAUAGCCGCUACCAGCAUUUCUUUGAGGCCUGUCGUCUGUUGCAACAGAUGAUUGACAUUGCUAUUGAUGGCUUUCUUUUGACUCCAGUACAGAAGAUCUGCAAGUAUCCUUUACAGCUAGCUGAACUUCUGAAGUAUACUGCCCAAGACCACAGUGACUACAGGUAUGUCGCAGCUGCUUUGGCUGUAAUGAGAAAUGUGACUCAGCAGAUCAACGAACGCAAGCGACGUUUGGAGAAUAUUGACAAAAUUGCACAAUGGCAGGCCUCUGUCCUAGACUGGGAGGGCGAGGACAUCCUAGACAGGAGCUCGGAACUGAUCUACACUGGGGAGAUGGCCUGGAUCUACCAGCCCUACGGCCGCAACCAACAGCGGGUCUUCUUCCUGUUUGACCACCAGAUGGUCCUCUGCAAGAAGGACCUAAUCCGGAGAGACAUCCUGUAUUACAAAGGCCGCAUUGACAUGGAUAAAUAUGAAGUGGUUGACAUUGAAGAUGGCAGAGAUGAUGAUUUUAACGUGAGCAUGAAGAAUGCUUUCAAGCUUCACAAUAAAGAGACCGAGGAGAUACAUCUAUUCUUUGCCAAGAAACUGGAGGAGAAAAUACGCUGGCUCAGAGCUUUCAGAGAAGAGAGGAAAAUGGUACAGGAAGAUGAAAAAAUUGGCUUUGAAAUUUCUGAAAAUCAGAAGAGACAGGCUGCAAUGACUGUGAGAAAAGUUCCUAAACAAAAAGGAGCUGGCAUCAUGGUGCAGAAGGUUAAGCUGUGGCUUGCAACGUUGACAUCCCAUAUCAGAACACCUGGAAUCCUGGCUGCUUAGCUUCUGAUCCAGUUUCCUGAUAACACGUCUGGAAAAGCAACGGAUGAUGGCUUAAGUACUUGGGCACUGCCACCCAUGUGGGAGACUUGAUGGAGUCCCUGACUCCUGACCCAGCCCUUCUCAGGGUGGUCAUUUGAAAGUGAACCACUGGAUGAAAUAUCUCUUUGUGUCUAUUUCUCCUCUCUAACUCUGCCUUUCA